UGCCGGUAAAUUCAAAGCUGAAAGUUGGAAAGGAAACUACACGAUGUAAAUAUUAGAAGAUAAAGUCACAAACGAUAAUGCCUAGGCAUAAUCAAAGAAAGGAGUCUCCAAGUGGCUCCAGUCGACGGAAGAGUCGAACACCAGGGCGUGGUCGACGCUCUCAAGAGCCCUCCCCUAAAAAAAGACGUUACAGACCUGGUCAAAAGGCCCUGAAAGAAAUAAGACAAUAUCAGAGGUCAACAAAUCUGUUGCUGAGAAAACUGCCCUUCUCCAGAGUGGUACGGGAAAUAGCCAUGGAAGUUGUUGGUCCUCACCAAACCAUGAUGUGGAAAGCUACAGCAAUUAUGGCCCUUCAGGAGGCAGCAGAGGCAUAUCUAGUUUUCCUGUUUGAGGAUGCCCUCUUGUGUGCAAUUCAUGCCAAGAGAGUGACUGUUAGUCCUAAAGACAUUUGGUUAGCCCAGAGAUUACGUGGAGAUAGAUGAUAUGACUCCUCCACUCUUUCUUACAAUUUUAAUUAGAUUUAUGAAAUGUUUUUAUGAAUUUUUAUUUAGUUUUUUUUUUAAUAUCGAAUUUCUAAUCUUGUUAAAGUUAAAUCAUAGAUAGAUACAAACAUUUUAUCAAAGGAUGACUUUUAUGUUUUUUAAAAAUAGCAGCAUUCAUUUGGUAUAUUCAUUUAUGACUAAAUGAGUAUAAUAGAAAUCAGGCACUUAACUUUUAUUCAUUUUCUAUGAAAAUAUUUGUAAGAUUUAAUCAUUAAGGUAAUUUAUUGUUAAUGUUGCAAAGAACAUUGUUAAUAAUGCCAAUAUUAGAUGGUCGGUAAAAAUUCACUAAUGGUAUACAUUUACACAUUGGAGAAGGAUUCACUAUUUUGCAAAUUUGCAGUACUAUUAUUUCUAUCAAAGUAAACAUAUUAGCAUAUCAUUUUACAAUAAGUUAAUCUCAAGAAAGCAGGCACUAAGUACAAUUUAUACAGUAGAGUUUUUUAUUCUGGUUUUAGAAGCACAUAGGUGCCCCCAGUUAAAAAAAUUUCAACAUGCAUGUAUAAUUCUAUGCACUUUUUUUUAUUUUUUCAACAUAAAUGAUAUAAUAAAAUUGCAGCAAAAGA